AUGGCAGCUGAGACUUCGUCGCCCGCGCGCGAGCCCGCCACAUCAACCCGUGGCCGUGGCAGAGGCGGGCGAGGUGGCCGUGGUCGAGGUCGAGGAGGUGGCAGAGGCGCCUCAAAUGCUGCCUUGUCAAAAUCUACUGCUGCCUCUCGUGGUCGAGGUGGCACGCGCAGGGGGAGAGUAAAGAACUUCUCCGACUCGCGUGUACAGGCCGCUUAUGAGCGCCAGCGCGACCUCAAGGCUACCUAUCAGGCCGUUGCUUUUGCCCUCAAGCCUGCCCUGCAGGAGCUUGCCGAGCGUAGUGUCGAAGAGAUGCUGCAGAAGCCAGACUGUUACAAGCAGGCCAACGAGUAUCAGCCCAUUAUCCAGCAGCUCAAGGACAAGCUUGAUAAUAAGCUGCGCGCCUGUGACCGUCGUCUCGAGUGCGAUCUCAACCUCGCCGAACACAGCUUCAAUGCCGACAAAUAUGUUGCCGAACAAGAAUUCAAGAAUGCUCUCAGCGACGUGCUGGAGCAAUUUUACGAGAGCCAGGAGAAUCGCUUGCGCAUCCUCGCCGCCCUUCAUUCCAAGGAUCUACCUGUCGAUGUUGAGGAUGACCAAUAUGAUUAUCGCGUUAUUAGUGACGCUGAGCUUGACAACGACUUUGGCAUUUAUGAAUGCUAUAAGAAUGGCCACCUCGUUCCCUAUCCCUCCCGUGUCGCUGGCACUGAAAUGUGGAGAAAGGCCCGCGACCCCGAGGCCUCUGUUGCUACACCCAGAGAAUCGUCAGCAGCUCCCACAAGAGGUAGAGGCCGUGGUCGUGGCGGCGCUGCCAGUGGCAUUAAGCGCAGAGCUGUUGACCAGCCAGAUGGCCAGUCAACACCCAAGAGAUCGACUCGCAAUGUUGAUGAUAGUCAACUGCUUGCUCCCGCACCCAUUGCUCCAGCCCCCAUGAAGGGUUUGCUCGCCUCGGCUGCCAAUGUCGACAAGGAUCCGGAAGGUACGCCGGGAGAAGAAGAAUCCGUUCCCGCUUCACCAGAACCGCCCCUGCUCAAUGGCAACGGGUCUUUUACUAGCCGUGCUCUCAGCAGGCAGCAGGCUCGAGAAAAGAGCCCGCCGUUACCCAAGAAUAUUGGGGAGCCGGAUGAGCACGGCGUGCGUACUUACAACCAACGACCGUCAAUGCGGGAGAAAGGCAUUAACAGUCGAAUUCUCGCACCCCACGUUGUUUGGUUUGAGGACUGGGAAAUUGGGUUCAAAGACACGUCCAAUGAUUCCACAAAGGGCCACACUCGCGCCAAACGAGGUAAAUAUCUCGACACCCCCAACAGCAACGGAAUUCACUUCGACCAUUGGUGCAACGCAUACGAUUACUCCACCACGACUCCCGAGGACUUUGACCAGGAACUGGUUAAACGAUACGGUGUACAUCCAAAAUAUGGCAUCUUUCUUCCCACGAGUACAAACGACUUUGAGGAACCACAGCCUUACGUCAUGCCAGGCAAGCCCGUGGUAUACAUCGCUAACCCAUCUGGUCGGAUAUCACACGCCUCUAGGGGAUUCCAAUCAACAACGAAUCAACGUCGAUCGGAAGAGUUGCCGUUGAGGGAGAAGAUGAGGGCCAAUCUGCGUCGAUUUUGCAAAAUGGCCGAGGUCGACUCUGAGGACAUUGACAUUGCCGAGUUUGUUCGAUCCAAUGAUGCACUUCGAGCCAAGUCUCUGGGGACAGCCGAAAAGGAGUUCAACUCACGACCCCAAUUAUCCGAGACGACAUCCGAGGCAGAUGAAGGCGAAUCUACUCCGCCACAGGAACCCGAAAAAACCGACGAUGGCGUCGCGGACCUGUCUGUGUUGGUUUACGCUUCAGCCUAUGUCGCGGCUAAGGAUGUCACCCGAGCCGCUCCGCCCACACCCAAGCCGGCACGUUACGAUGCAAUUCGCGACGUCUUCACCGACUCGAAGCCGGACCCUGCUCCCGCUCCCGCAAACACCGGUCUGGGUCUCAAUCUUCUUGCAGAAUUAUGCGACUUUGAGUUACGCCCUCCCGGCUGGGACGGUCACGUGGAACGAACGUCUGGUGUUUCAGUCGCAGACUCGGAUUUGCGGACCACGAUAAAGCAUGAGGAACCACCUCCCAUCUCCUCAUUCUCUCAUGCACCCAUGAAUCCAAGACUCAGCCAGGAACCGUCUGCACCGUACACACACAACCAGCAGUCAGACCGUGUGACGCUGCCCCCAGUCAAGUCUGUUCAUGAUCGUUCAGCAUAUCCUAUUCCCAUACCACAAGGGGCCAGUCACAGAACAGACUACAAGCCCUCUGCUCCGGCUCCCCCGGCACCGCCUAUUCCUGAUCAUGGAAGUUAUUAUCCGCCUCCAGGGGGUUCUUAUCCACCCGGCCCUCGUGAACCCCACGUAUCAAGUGGUCGACCUAUAGAACCAGGCUAUAAUCCUCGUCGAUUGAGUAGCUACGGAUCCGAAACUAAUCAACAGCCGGCAUACGGCAGCACGUAUUGGCCUCAACAACCUUCCUCUGCUGGACUAGCAGGACCUCCACCGGUUCUCCCUCUAGCUGGUGUCUCUGCUCCUCCUCCGGCUCCUCAGGGGUACUCGCUGCCUCCGCCUCCGUCGAGUUCGAGAAUGCCUUUCUCCCAGUCUGUAGGUGCAGAACCUCUCCCGCCUUUGCGACCGCCGCGUCCGGAGGAAUCGCCUUAUGAGUCGAAUACGCGUAGGGACACUCAUAACUCUUACUAUCCGCCUCCACGAUCCUACCAAAGAGGAUACCCCUUGCCGGAAGCCCAUCAGCCUCUACUGUCCCUGCAGCCCAUACAUGGAGAGAGGAUUCUUCCAAACCCACAACAGAGCAAUCCUCCCUACAUGGGUUCUCCUCCGCCGCCAGCGGGCUACGCGUCUCAGCUCAUGUCGCCGACAUUCGCCAACGCCCAGGGGCUGCCGGGACCGCUGGGUCAAAGCCCACCGGGAACACCUCAUGGUGGACCUCCCAGCUCGAUACAUCGACACAGAUCGACGCCUUCCGGCUCUUCAGAUGCGGGAUCAAACAAAUAUCGCAAGCUACAACCGGCUCCGGUACCGGCUCACCGAGUCUGGUCUAAUAAGCCGGAGUUGAAAACGAUCCCUUACGACCACAAGGAGACUGGCUCUUCAGCUGCGCUACCCAGUUCUGGUCCCACCCAGAUCAGAGGGUGGAAUGAUCCGGGUCGUCCACGGGUGUCCAAUGCUGCGUCAAAUCAACCCAAGUAUAAAUCUAUUCGGUUCCUGACGCCGCAGGUGUUACAGAAGACAUUACCAGCCCUGUGCCCUCGAAACGAGCCUGCGCACCAGCCGCGACCUGAAGCCAAAAUGGUGACGGCCCCGAUGCCCGCCGACCCUGCUGAGCUGAAAAACGUGUCUAUGUAUGGCUUCGGCGCGAUACCAAAUCUAGAGGCGUCGGCGACUCCGGAAGAGCCUCUUAAACGUCGUCUCCGACCACGAAAAGAGAGAAUCGAGUGCAUAGAAGCACCCGAUGCAGACGUCUUCAUUGUCAAUGUUAGACAAAGAAGCAACGGCGGCCAGCGGUCGUCGUCCAUCAAACUCAAACCAAAGCCACGAAGAACUCCUAACCGCGACCAUAGAUCGGUUAAGGCGAAACCUGGCUCCAAGUUUUUACCCAUCGAGAUACUUGACAGCGAAAAGAAGGCUGCCAGUUCUGAUACAUAA